GGGAGAGAGCGAGAGAGAGAGGUGCAAUUGAGCAAGUGAGCUAACAGCUAACUAGCACAGGAAACCAGGGGAGAGAGCUCAGAGGUGACAGCGGAGAAUGGAGAGGACUGCGGACCUUCGGCGAGUCUCGAUCGCAGAGAGGGUAUUCGAAGUGUAUUUCUACCCAUCGAAGUGCAUCUGCUGAAACUGGAUAAACACAGGGGUGCAAAGGAAUGGCUGAUCCUCUGCGGAGGACAUUAUUAGCUAAACUUCGGGGGAAGAAAUCCAAGAAAGGGACGACAGCUGGUGGAUGCGGCGUUGCAGCUAACGGGGGCAGAGAAGGUAAAGAAAAACUUUUGCAAAAGACAGACGGUCCAACUCACAAAAUAGUAACGAUCACUGAGUUGGAUUUUUUACCAGAUAAAAUGAUAGGUAACGAGAAGUACUUGAACGGAAGCUACAACAACACGGUGGUAGGUUUAGUGGAGAACACGGUAGUUGUUAGGAACGCGUUUCCCCAGUGCGAGGCGACACCACACAUAAACACAGGAGCGAGGGACACUCAGUUCAGCGGGGGCCCGAGGCUUGGGGGUCGAAAUAAUGAGAAACUCUUGGGGGUCUCAGUUCAAAGGGAAAUUCUUGACAGAGGCAACGAUAGAGAGGAGAUGAGUCGCUUUCAUAAGCAAGAGGCUCACUUCUCAGGACAAGUGCAAAACGGAGCGUUUCGGGGACCGCAGGCACAGAAAAAACACACUGUACCACUUCCACGACAAACUAUUGGAGGUGAUUCAAUAGGGUUCGGGAGCUGUGAAACUACGAUUUUUAACUUUAGCCAGAUUAAUACAGACAGAGUUAAAUUGGCAGAUGGUCACUAUGCGUCUUCAAAGAACGGCGAGACAAAUGUCCACUGCGACAGAGAUCUAAAGAUUCUAUGCGACGGAGUGGUGUUUGGCCAGCAGAAUAGUUUCCGUGCUGGCUGCGUUACUAAUUCCAUUCACAAAGCACAUUCUACUUCCCAUUUUAAUAAGGAGUUUGCCACUAAUGUAACAACAACCGGACGGACGGAAAUGUUUCCACAUGAAUCAAAUUAUUUACAUUAUGUCCAAAGCAAUGCAGAAGAAGUUCGUGUAAUACAGAAUGUAGAAAGUUACGAGGGCUUGACUGGAUUGACAGGGGAUAUCAAGACGCCAAAUCUUCUUAGCCCAACGUUUUUCCCCACCGAACUGGAAAUAUUCGACUUGAACGUGGCUCCCAGUGUUGGGUGCGCGAGAGAUCCACUGCGCCACCAUUCACUAGAUAGUGAGGAUGAUGAUUACUACGAUAACGAAAUUCUACCCUUUUAUGUAUCAAACUCACAGAACCGUCAUAUUAAUGUUGAAACAAAUACCGAAUUGGAAACACUGACGCAGUUGGAAGACCCAAAUGUGUCCAGUGCCUAUCAAAACAGCAGCGCUCAAGAAACAGACAGACUCAGGAGCCAGUUGAAAGAAGCGUAUUAUUUGUUGAUAAACGCAAUGCAGGACAUUAGCCUAGAUGGUGAAGUAGAAGACAAUGGAUUUAUUGAGCGUGGAAGCACCACUAGCCAGUCACAUGAUAGUGUUUGCUCACAAUCUUCUACUAAGCACUCGAACAGUGAUGGGUCAUCGUCUGGAAAGCAUAGUGCUCAACAGGUAUCUGACACCGACUCGUUGUUGAACUUUAGUGAGAACAUUUCACUCAGCCCUAAGAGUAGUUUACUGAGUAAAAGCUGCCAAAACGUGAGUACCUCCAAGACCAGGGCAGUCUUACAAAGGUCAGUUAGUGACGGGGCCAUGAAAUAUGCCACUGUGAACAGGCCAUGUGCCCAGUUAGAUCUCCAAAGUUCUAUUGCCGUUGGCAAUGUGGACAAGACUGAAAAGGGGAGCGAUACUCUCUCAUCUGGGAAAACAGUCACCUACGAUACCACGAGCAGUGGUGAAGAUGGGCGCCUAAAUGAGAGCAAUGGCUCGGUAAACAGCCUCUCCGGCUCCUCCGAUAACGUGGACAAUCAGGGCAGGAGCAAGCACGAUGUCCUGAAUUCCAGCCGUGGAGGAGGCUCCGCCAAGCCCCACGGGCUGACGGUCAACAAAAUGCAGGAGUGGAUGCACAGAGGACGCCUGCUGUCGUCCGAAAUGAAGCAGCGCAUCGCGGGGUCCUCCCUGCGUGCCCACGGCCCGUCUAAUAUGUGGCCGGCUCAUGGAGCACCAAGUGGGACAAAAGCAGCAACCCAGACGGCCCGAGUUCAAAGAGGCAAAAGUGCUGCUCCUUGUCAAGGAGUGCAUCAGUCAGCACUCAUAGAAAAUGCCCACAGGGAGGCGAGCAGCGCGCUCAGGGCUCAGCUCAACACCAUCACCGUCUCCAAGAAGCGCAACUGGCUGCAGCAGAGCUCGGCCGGCCCCUGUCCAGCCGAGGAGCUAGGCCCGGGGUCAGAGGAGUACCACCCAGCCCAGCAGCACCACCACCAUCACCACCAGCAGCAUCUCAUCUCUUCUCCUCCGCCGGCCUCGGGCAUCUCGCCUGAGGGCCAGCCUCGGCCGGCUCCCUUUCCCCGGCCGGCCCUCCGCCUCCCGCUGCCCCUGGUCACCAUCACCCACGGCCACUCGCACGCGCGGGUCUCACCACAGCCGCCCCGCCAGAACGCGGUGGACGCGGCCGAGGAGGAGAACGAUGCUGACGACGAGGGCGAGAUCUGGUACAACCCCAUCCCCGAGGACGACGAGCCCGAGCCGCCCAAGCCGCUGCCCCUGACCUCGCGUGGCGCGACCACCGUCGUCUCCUCCCGGCACCAGGGCCCGGUCUCUGUCGCGCCCGAGGCGUCUCAGCACCCCUAUCCCCUCAGGCGGCCGAGCGGGGAGGCCGCAGGAGACGGCGUGGCUGGGCCGUCGUCGCUGUUGUCCGUGGAGACGGCUCACACGCUCCAUCCGAAUGCAGCACAUUCCAGUGAGCCUCUGCUGCAGCUGCACAGGCAGAUAUUCACGUGCAAACCCCAGGAGGAGAGCCUCAGUCCGAGGCCAGCAGCAGCGGCAGAUAUGGACAUGUCCAAUGCUGGCUUCUCCGCCCCCUCGAGUCCCAACCCCGCUAAGAAAGGGAGCUCACUCAACUGGUCCUUCCCCGACAGGAUCAAGUCACCGCGGACGGUGCGGAAGCUCUCCAUGAAGAUGAAGAAGCUUCCAGAACUCAGCCGUAAGCUUAGUGUAAAAGGGACCAGCAGCAGCAGCAACAACAACGCCAGCAGCCAAUCGGAAUCAAGGGCACACUCUCCGAAAACCAAUGGAGGGACAGAGUCGGGUCAAGUGCCGUCCAGGGUCUCCCCGGGCGUUGGCCAAUCGGGAGGGGUCUUCACCAGUGGGAACGUCAUCUCCCGCUACCACCUGGACAGCAGUGUGUCCACUCAGCCCAGCAAGAAGAAGAGCAGUGGGGGCUCCAAGUCAGCCAGCAAGGGUGGCUACCUGAGCGACGGGGACUCGCCGGAACUGGUGGCCAAGUCCGGCAAGCAUGGCUCCGGCACAGAUGGGAAAAACGGGAAGGCCAAGGAGAGAGAGGCGAACGGGAAUGGCUCUGGAGGUGGCAGCAGUGGCGGAGGAGUUGGAGGAGGAGGUGGCGGCGUCGUGGGAGGAGGCGUCAGCCCGAAGCUCCACGGUAGCGAGCUGGACAUCGACGCCUUCCGGCCGUACAGCUUUGCCGAGCAGCCCAAGUGCGCCACCUACCUGUCGGGCCUGAUGAGCGUGCACUUCUACGGCGCCGAGGACCUGAAGCCGCCGCGCGUGGACUCGCGCGACGUCUACUGCGCCAUCCAGGUGGACUCGGUCAACAAGGCGCGCACGGCCCUCCUCACCUGCCGCACGGCCUUCCUGGACAUGGACCACACGUUCAACAUCGAGCUGGAGAACGCGCAGCACCUCAAGCUGGUGGUGUUCAGCUGGGAGGCGACGCCGCGGCGCCACCGCGUCUGCUGCCACGGCACGGUGGCGCUGCCCGCUCUCUUCCGCGUCACGCGCACCCACCAGCUGGCCGUGCGGCUGGAGCCGCGCGGCAUGAUCUACGUCAAGCUGGGCCUCAUCGAGCAGUGGCAGAACUCGCUGGACGGCGUGGGUGGCGGAGUGGGGGCCGACGGCGAGCGAGAGCCCCAGGUUUUCGGCAUGGAGGCCUGGAGGGUGGUCGAGAGGGAAGCGGCCGGACUCAUGGUCCCGCUGCUCAUCCACAAGUGCAUCACGGAGAUCGAGAGGAGAGGCUGCCAGGUGGUGGGCCUGUACCGUCUUUGUGGCUCGGCGGCCGUGAAGAAGGAGCUGCGUGAGGCAUUUGAGAGGGACAGCUACAGCGUGGAGCUCUCGGAGAGCGCCUACCCAGACGUCAACGUCAUCACAGGUGUGCUUAAGGACUACCUGCGAGAGCUGCCCUACCCCCUCAUCACUAAGCAGCUGUAUGAGGCUGUCCUAGAUUCCAUGGCCAGGCGGCCGCUGCGGAUCGGCGCCGGUGGCUGCGAGAACGACCAGGCCGACACAGAGCACACCGUCGGGCUCCUGGACAUCCUGCCCGAGGUCGAGAAGGUGACACUGCGGAAGCUUCUGGAUCACCUGAAGCUGGUGGCCUCGCACCACGAGGUUAACAAGAUGACAUGCCAGAACCUGGCCGUAUGCUUCGGUCCGGUGCUGCUGAGCCAGCGGCAGGACGCCUCGUGCCACAGCAACCGCGUCUUCAUCGACUCGGAGGAGCUGGCCAGCGCUCUGCACUUCAAGAAGCACAUAGAGGUCCUGCACUACCUCCUCCAACUCUGGCCAGUGGUUGAUCCAUAUGGGAAGACCUCCUCGCCCGUGUCCGAGUCUCCUGCCCUGGCCGUGGCCCCAGUGAUGGCGACCGCCCCACUGCGGAGGCGGAAGGAGCGGCCCCAGGUGCUCAACCUGUCCGAGGCCGAGAUGGCCGGCGUGCUCCGGCCCAAAGCUGGCCGCCUGGACAGCCCCAGCAACCGCUACGCCGGCGACUGGAGCUGCUGCCAAGAGACAUACUUCCGGCCCAAGGAGGAGGCCGACUACGACGACGUGCCCUCUGAGGAGUCCGAGCGUCCACCAGAGGACAAGGGUGACGUGACCGGGGACCAGCGCAGGCCCUCGGAGCAGGAAGAGGCGGAGAAACAUGGAGCCCUGACAGAGGUGGUGGAGAUGGACAGACCGGUGGAGGUGGAGGCUGAGACUCAAAGAGAAGGAGAUUUGGAAGAGGAGGAGGAGGAGGAGGAGGAAGAGGUGGAUGAGGAGGAGGAGGAGGAGGAGGAUGAGAUGGAGGAGGCAGAUGAUGAGGAGGGAAGCAGGGACCUCAGCGGAAGCCCCCUAGGGGAGCCACGGAGCUGUGAACACAUUCUGCUGCCCAGGCAGGAGGAAGGGCAGGAGGGGGAUGACCUGCAGCACGAGCACGAGGUGAAGGAGGAGGAACAUCUGGCCAAAGAGCACACGUACCAGGCCUACAUGAAGAUCCAGGACAUCAGCCCUGUCCUGAGCAACAGGGUCAAUCUCAAGGACCUGCAGGAGAGCAUUGACAUCCUCAUAGGUAACCUGGAGCGGGAGCUCAACAAGAACAAGCUCAACGUUGGCUAUUGACUGACCGGCCUUCUCAGGAAGGACUCCCUGACUGACCAGAUUACGGUCUCAGUCAAGAGUAUAGGUGACAAUGAGGGCUCAGAGGGUUUGGCCAAUGGUGAUGGUACGAGGCCCUGGGUAGAAUCCUCAUAAUCAGCUCAGCUAAACUAUUGGUACCUGCUCUCCCCAAGGAACUGUACAAAAAAAAACUACAAGAAUACGAACUGUGAGGUCUGGCACUUCCCUCUUUAAAGCCUGUUGUAUUUUAGCUCUAGAUUCACCAGUCAACAGACAUUCCUUGAUCUUUUUUUGUGUCUGUGUUCAUUUCCAUUUGUCAUUGUUGAAAGUUUUUGCUUGUGUUGUUCAUGGUCGUGUCUGUCAACGUUUGUCUAUUGUCGUCGUUCUUUCUUCUUAUUAGAAGAACCUAUUGACCCCAAGGGGUGUAAAAGGUGCCUUAAUUGUGUAAAGGUGGUACUUAAGGCAGUGGAGAGAGCUUUUAUUUUUGAUUUGUUAAUUUUUGUUUGCUUGUUUUUUGAUUUCUGUGGAGGUACUGUGUGCUACGAUAUUGUUGUAAACCAAUGCACUUACAAGGCAGAUUUGAUUCUUAAGGCGAAGAGGUAGUGGUGCUGGGUCUUGCCACCUACCCUGAAGUGAAACAGCGCUAACACUAUAGCUAAUGCUAAAGCUGCUGGGCUCUGUGUGGGGAGAUUGAAGCCAAUAGCUGUGAUGGCUCAUUGGGACUUAGCAUCACAUGCUAACAGCUGCUAACAGCAGACAGAGGCACCCUUUCAGAUUUGUAAACAGUAUGUUAGCAAUAAGGGUGCUGCUUCUGUACAUAGAACAACACGUGGUACAUUUCAAGUUGAGGGGGAAAUAGAGCAUCGUGUUUGAAAAAAUAAUGGGAUCAAAUCUGACUGAAUGCUUUGAGAGAUCUUUCAUGUCUAUUUUUCUAUCCUCCAUUUUGUUUUGGAUUUUUUAAAAAGAAAAUUGCAGACAAAUUGCCUCUUACUGUAAGACAAGAACCUUACAGUAAGAGGCAUGCUGCCUGCAAAAUCUGAUGUUGAGCCUCCUAGAAAGGGUCACUGUGGUCAAGGCUUCAAAUAGAAUGUAAGGCCACUACCUAAAUUAAUGGACACUUUUUUUUCUUUGUCAGAAAUCCAGGUAUACAAAAUGAUCAGUAUUUAACAGAUAUAUGUGUAUAUAAAUAUAUAUAAAAAUGUAUUUGGAGUAUAUAUUUUUUGGACAGCUUUUAUUUACAUACAUGCAUAUUUAAUGUUCUCAGUUACCUUGUAGUAUUGAAUCUGUGGAUCAGUACCUGUCGAGUAAUCAUGUUUCUUUUCCCUUAAGCUACCUUGACACAUCUUAAAUGUGCUGGACUGGAAAAAAACAAAUUCACGUCGUUAAAGGACAAUAGACAUAAUAUGUUUUCACAGAUGGACAAAUUUGUUUAAGUCAUACUUGUACAUAUCCGCUACCUGUUUAGGACAGGCCUUUUGGUCUGGCAUUGUGGUCAUGUUUGUGUUUGUGUUAUGGUGCAGAAUGUCACAUGGUCAAAAGCUUUACAGUCAAAUAUAUAAGUGCGUCUUAACCCGCCCCUCCCCAACACACACACACUCUGUCUACCCCCCUCCCUGGUUGACUCUGGCCCAGAUCUUUACCUGACCCAGGCAGGAGUUGCUCCAGUUGGUUGCUGUCAGGGUUCCUGGCUUGGGUUCCUGUACAUAGACAUGACCUGGGUCAGGGUUAACUUAUAUGUCGUCCCCCUUCUCCAUUUGGCAGCUGCUCUUUGGCAGACUGAGAGAAAAUAAAAAAAUGUUCACCUUACCCUCAAGUGCAGUGUAAAAAGCUAUCUGUAUCCUUGGCAAAUUGGCUGGUGCUGUAAGCCAUUGUAAGUUUUGCUUAAUGCUGUGACUAUUGGCACAUCACAAAGGUGUUAAGCUAGCUAAUGCGUUGCAUGAGCUCUUGGACCCCUAUGGGUCUGUCUGUGUCCAGAGCUAUAAAGUGUACAUUGUGAGAUGCUACUGCCUUUGUGUUUUUUUUUUAAAGCAUUCCUUUGCCCUGUCUUCUUUCACUUCAGCCUCCCUACAACCCCCAUCCAUAUUCUACAAGCAUAAAGUAAUGCUCAUCCCUGUCGCUUGCCUACUACAUUGGGAGUCUCAAUACAUUAUGAUGAGCGUGUCACUAAACAAGAUGUUACUUUGUACUGUUAUGGAGAAAUGUAUGAUCACAUUAAAGUAUAUAUUUCACAUGUGC